AAUAAAGAUGUUGUCAAANAAAUUGUCAACAUUCUUGUUAGUGACUUUACUAAAGGCCUCUCAGCCGAUGAACGAGUACGAGCAGAAAGUCCAGUAAAAAUGCUUCCAACCUAUGUGCGAGCAAUACCUGAUAGAACAGAAGAAGGAUCCUUUUUGGCUCUGGACUUAGGGGGUAGCAACUUCCGGGUGCUUCUGAUCACAAUUGACCAAGGCACUGUUUAUAUGGAAAGUGAAUUGUACCCACUGGAUAAAGCUUUGAUGACAAGUGAUGCUAUAACACUUUUUGAUUACAUCGCUGAUUCCAUCGCACUGUUUGUCAAGAAACAAGGAGUCGGUUCUAAACAUUUACCCCUUGGGUUUACAUUUUCAUUUCCAGUUCAACAGCUAUCAUUAACUUCUGGUUUGCUGAUUAAGUGGACCAAAGGUUUCUCUGCUGCUGGUGUGGAGAAUAAAGAUGUUGUCAAACUUCUCAGAGAGGCGAUUGUUAGAAAAGGAGUGGUGAGUCUUUAUAUAUUAUGUAAAGGCUGUGAGUUCUUGAUUUAAAUGUACCAAAGUAAGUUUUUUGGUCACAAUUAAUUGUCUAGCUAAAUAUGAAUACGAUUCCACUUUAGUAGAUUGGUAUAAAAGUCUGGCUGUUGUGACAUUCACAAUGUCAGAAAAUUCAAGGGAAGCUCUGCUUGAUUAUGAUACAGGUCAAAUUUGACUUAGGGUUAAUUUUGAUUAAACCUAAUUUGAUUCUCAAUAGCCACAGGAGACAAAGGAAAUUGAGAAUCAACCUAGGUUAAAUAGUUUUGUACAGAUUAUUUGCUAUCACUGUCUUAUGAGAGUUCUUGUAAACUUAUUAUUCAUUAAUAUUAUUAUGAUAAGCCAAGAAUAAAAUUGAAUGGCUACCAGAUGGUAGAAAUUUGAUUUCAUUUGCCUGUAAUCAAUAAUUAUUUAACAUUACUGAGCAUGUGAAUGUCUCCAUAUACAUGUCGAGCAAAAACCCUCACCUCAAAACAAUAUGCAGCCUCUAAAGUGUUAGGUACCUCAAGGGUGACCAUUGUGCAGUGGUUCAACUGCCCACUUUUGCAAGUGAGUGAGCUCAACAUGAAAACUGCUGUUUUUAAUUUUCAGAAUGCAAGUGUGGAUGUUGUGGCACUUGUCAAUGACACAACAGGAACAAUGAUGUCAUGUGCAUUUAACAACCCUGAUGUCAGUGCUGGAUUGAUUCUAGGAACUGGAACAAAUGCCUGCUAUAUGGAGAGCCUGGAUAAUGUACCAAAGUGGACUGGCGAUUAUAAAGAUCCACGAGAAGUUAUUAUCAACACUGAAUGGGGAGCAUUUGGUGAUAAUGGUUCCUGGAAUCAUUUAAGAACAGCCUUUGAUGAAAAAGUUGACAGAGAGUCCAUUAAUCCUGGAAUGCAGUUGUAAGUGUUUUUUUUUUUUGCUUUUUUUAAGUACUGUUAUCUAUUCUGUGACCGUUACAUACCUAAAAUAAAAUUGUUUUGAGUAAGAAAAAAUAGGUUCUUUGUUCAAAUGAGGAAACAAGCAAAGGAAAACAAAAAGAAAGAGCCCUUAGGUGGGGGUCAUAUUAUUACAGUUUCUAUAUAAUUAUGUCACCCUGCAAACAGAGCCACUUUUUGACUUUUUUCAAUCAAGGACGAGAAAAUGAUGCUCUGCCUAAAUCUCAGCAAGCCUUUGAAGAUGCCACAGUCCAAACUUUUGGACCAAUUAAUUUUGUUUUCUCUCAACAAACAUUUUUUUUUGAGUUCGAGCAUCCGUUUAUUGAUAAACCGAUUAUCAUUUGUUGUGAUAAAGCUACAGUUUAAAGAUUAUAACAACUGAGACAAAAAAAUGCACUGUUUUACAAAUUCUACCAGUGAUCCAGAGAUAUCAAUUAAAGAGUUCAUCAUGUUUAUGGCAGCUGAGAACAAACAUCAGAUUCAAGUUGACAAGUUCUCAAAUUAGGAAAUGAGCAGAUAAAAAUUUUUUAAUAAACAAUUCUUAACAAUAAACCCUGUCAUGAAACUUGCUAAUAGUUUUGUGCAAUGUGUAUAAUGUCAAGAGAGAAUUAUGAGAGAGAGAGGUAAACACCCGGUCUAGCCCUUGGGAUAUGCGAGUUUCACUAAAGUUAUUCUUAGACCAAUUAAACCCUUGAAAUUAAUUGGAAGCUGGUUUCUGCAGAGUUUUUUCAGUGUUAUCAAGAGAGUAUAAUUAGCCAUUAUGCCCUCAUGACUGUUUCAGAUCAAUAUUGACUAUAAAUUUUGCUAUAAAUAGGAUUCGUAAUCUCUCUAAUAAUCAAGUUAAUAAUCAGCGUGCAAAGAAAGCCCAGGGCUAGUGGAUUUUGGUUUCGGGCUAGUGAAUUCUGUUCUUAACUUGCUCAACAGGCAAGUGAAUUUUUUGGGGAAAUUCAAAUUACAGAAGGAUUGUAAUCAAACCUGCUAAUCAAAAAGGGUUUUGGGGCUAGUUGAAAUGACUCGUGGGCUAGUACAUGCUAGCUACAGCUUGCCCGAAUGGCAGGCUGUAAAACUGACUUUCUUUGCACCCUGAUAAUACUUAAGUGUGUCACAUUUGUUUCAUUUUAUUUUGUCAGUUACGAGGUCCUCUAAAGGGGAAUGUGUUACAGGUCAAAACUAAAUUCAGGUUAAAAUUUUUUAACCUAGGUUAAAAAAUUUUAACCUGAAUUUAAUGUUGCCCUGUAACAGAUUAUGUAGAGUGCAUAAUUAUUGUCCCUAGUCUGAAUUUUAAAUGUUGUUGUUCUGCGUGUUGUUGCUGUCUGUACACCUGUAUUUUAUUAUUGUAUUUGUGAUUUGCCCAAUGCUGUACAUAAGCAGGUUCAACCCAUCUUUAUGUUGUUUGUCACCAUGUCAUCUGUCGUAUGUGCCUGUUUCAAGGCCGUGUCACUUGUCAGGCCUUAGUUAAGCUAAUUAUCAUGCACAUGGUAAACACAUGAUUUCCGUAUGACCUGCAUGUGAAAUGUUGUGUAUUUAUUUUGUCAGUCAUUGAUACAGUCUGUGACAUGCACAUGGUAAACACAUGAUCUGCAUGCAACUUGCAUGUGAAAACUCCUGGGUAUUUUUCUUGUAGCCAAAUACCAUCCUUGACGUAAGAAAAAACAGUAUUAUAGAUGCACUGUACUGUUUUGUCAAAAAUAAAUUUUUGUAAUACCUGUAAAAGCAUUUUACAAAGAGAUGCAUCACCAUUCAGACAUCAGUUGACAGCCGCAAUUCAUGGUUAGACUCUUAGGGCACUUUCCAUUUGUCAGAACUGGCUGGCCAGACCAGUCAGUUAGCAAAUGAAAUGGGCUUUUUCCAGCAGGUUUUGCUAAAAAAAUAUCUUCUUCGUGCAUACUGUUUAGGAUUUGACUGAUCUGGUUGGAUAGUUUUGAUUAAAAAUGACGAGAAUAGUCUGGCCGGUCAGUUCUGGCAAAUGGAAAGCGCCCUUAGAGAGAAGUGUUAUGUUCACUCUUGAGACUUUGUGAGCUACCUGCCCACCAUCUCAUCACCUGUAAUUUUUGUUACUCCAUUCAGAUUUGAGAAGAUGAUAUCUGGAAUGUACCUUGGUGAAAUCGCCAGAGUUGUUUGUAUGGAGCUUAUUCAGAACAAACUCCUUUUUAAUGGCCAGCCUGGGAAGUUCAGUACAAAAGACAGCUUUCAAACCAAGUUUGUUUCAGAUAUUGAAAGGUAAGGUGAAGAGAAGAAAACUGGUGAUGUAAAUCAAUUUUUACAUUUAUUAAUCUGAUCUUGUCUGAGAAAAAUCAAGGAGUAAAAUUCCCAGAAAAAUGGACACUCGUAAAGUGAAAUUAAUAUAGGACCUGGUGUAAUGAAAUCAAAUGGCAAACUCGUGAAAUUAUUCCCAUAUUUUACUUGUCACCAUUUGAUUACAUUAUACUAAUGAUCAUCAAUUUUUUUUCCAAAGAAAUACCCAUGCAAAUUCUCAUUUAUGUUUUCGUAACAUUUUUUUAACAGCCAUGACAGGUACAAGAUUGAUCAGGUCAUAAAUGAAAUGGGAGUGAAUGCAUCUGAGUCUGAUAUUGAGAUAUUAAAACAAGUUUGCACCGCUGUUUCCAUCAGAGCUGCCAGGCUAGCUGCUGCAGGAAUUGCUGGAAUUGUCAAGGUAUAUUAUUAUGUUAAUCUUCAUUGUACCAAUUAAUGUAAAUUAUUUUGUGCAGCCCUAACUUUGUGUCAAAGUCAUUGAUGAGAAAGACACGGCUAGAGAGUGUUAGAAGCUACAAUGGAGGCCGAAAAUCGUUGGAACCAUUACUGAAAACCUUCCUUCAUCAGCGCUAACAAAUCAAAUAUGCAAGUGUACCAUAUAGUUUGGAUGCCUGGAAUGGCCCUCCCCUCCCCUCCCCUCCCCCUCUAAACAAUGUUGGGAUAAAUGUUGUAGAUUUUUUUUUCUCAGGUGAUUUUUGCUUUUGUUUUUGGUUAUGGUAAUGUACGCUAAUGAAGUCGAAAUAAAGGAAAAAUAAAAAUUUCCUGAGAUAAAAAAUUAACUACAGCAUAAACAAACACUUUUCAGAGUACAGGGUGCACAAAAUACAACUUUGCUUGUUUCUUUGUUUUUUUGAUUCUAUUACACUGAUCAUUUAAAUUUGCAGAAUUAAAUAUAUUGCCAAAAAGUUAAUCUUUUGCCAUAUCUGUCUCCUUAAUGUACAACUGCAUAUAGCGAUUACGGUGCAUGCUAUCAGGAAAAAAUAUGCUGGUACUUCUUUUUUGUUGCUGUAUCAUAGUAAAGAAAUUUUUUUCCGUUAGUUAAAUACACAUUUAAGCUGUCAAUACGAUUCAUUGAAAUUUAGUAGUUUAAACCCAAUGUUUUUAUUUUUUCAAAAAACAGAAAACAAGGAACUAUACCACUACUAUUGCUGUUGAUGGCAGCCUGUUUAAGAAGCAUCCAAAGUUUAAGGGGUACAUGGAGGAAACACUAAGAGACAUUUUACCAAAAGGCAAUGUUACUCUUAUGCUGUCCGAGGAUGGUUCUGGAAAAGGGGCAGCACUUGUUGCCGCAGUUGCAUCCAAAAAAUAUUAA